AGAAGCCCUUACCACUAAUUUUAAUCUUUUCUCUUCGGAUUAUCCAAACUCACCGCUACAAUCUUACCACUAUCACCGCUCCAAACAGACCGGCCCCUUUAUUUUGGAUACCGGUGGCAGGUGAAAGUGGCGAUUUGCGAGAUUUGCGAAGGCAAAAUAAUGAAUCUUUAUUCUUAAUUGAAUCAAGAGAUUCCAACUUGAAAUAUAAGAAAUGGAAAAGUGGUCAAAACGGCUCGUUUUCAUGUUUUUUUGCUUAUCAGUUUGUAUCCAAAUCCCAUAUGUUUCUUCGUCUACUGCCCCCCUUCAAGGAAAUCAGGUAUAUCAGAGAUUUUCUUCGCAAUCUUGGUCCUUUUAUUCAUCAAAUUUAUUUCUUUCAAAGAAAAUCCAGAUUGCAAAUGAUGAAAAUUGUAUGGUCAACCCACUGAAUAUUGAGUUUUCUGAGGAUUUCUUGAUUUGGGGUAACAAAGAAUCUUCAGCUGCAAGAACCUUUAAGCUAGAGGAUGCUCAUGUAGUACGUUGUUCAAGAGAAAGGAGUAGAGCAGCAUGGAAAGUAAUUGAAGAGUAUCUAAUGCCGUUUGUGGAGCAAGAGCGAUACAAGAUUUCAAGUGGAUGUAGGCUUCACCCUGACAAUGAUUUGUAUAGAGAUCAGGAACAGCACAAGCACCAUGUAGAUAUAAACGAAUGGCGAUGUGGGUACUGUAGAAAGAACUUCUAUGAAGAGAAGUAUCUGGAUAAGCAUUUUGACAACAGACAUUUUGAUUUGCUGAAUACGAGUCAUAGUAGGUGUCUGGCUGACCUGUGUGGUGCAUUGCAUUGUGACCUUGUCAUGGAUUCUUCACUCCGCAAGACUAAGUGCAAUCCUGCUGCUGCUGCGAGGAAUAAACAUCUUUGUGAGAGUCUUGCUGAUAGUUGUUUUCCGGUUAGCAAAGGUCCUGUAACAGGCCGUCUUCAUGAAUUCUUCUUGCGGCAAUUCUGUGAUGCCCACACUUGCAGCGGAGGUCCAAAACCCUUUCCUAAAGGGCAAAAGAAGCGAACAAGUAUGCUUUACAUUUCUCUAUCCAUUUUGACUUUGAUGCUGCUGCCGCUUUUCUACUUCUUCAUUUACUUGUACCAAAGGGGAAUUAAAAGUGGGUCACAAGAGCUAAAACGAAUCUCACUAAGUGGUCGUAAGAAAAAAUCGUUUUAAACAUACAAGGCUUCUAUAUCAUCAAUUAUUAUGAAGGUUUUAGCUGUUUUAUGCUCUCUAAACUGCAACACAAAGGUUUCUCCUUUUGUUCACUUGAUCAAGUUUUAUUUGAACAGUGCUGCAUAGCUUACAUCUGUUUCCA